UCCCAGCCCCAAAAUUUAAUCUCUCUCUCCCCUUCGCCUUCAUCUUCUCCCUCUCCGCUUUCAUGGCGACGACGAGGGCGUUUCCCCUCCGCCCCAAAUUCAAAACCCCGUGCUCUUCCACUUCGUUUCCCCGCACCCGCUUCCCAGGAAACUCGAGCUCUACGAGGGGAAACGCCGAGAACCCCGCCUCAGUUCGUGGCUUUUCGGAACAGUCCAGGAGAUCAAAAACAGCAUCAGCGAUAUACUCACAUUUCGUCGACGGGAAUCGCUGAAUCGCAUGAACUGCAAUUUGGCGGCACUAAGAAAGGUUCUCAGUCGGAUGGCAUUGAGGAUUCUCAAUUAGAUCAAACGUCAACCCGGUUUCGAUCAAAUUACUUGUACUUAUUGCAUUACCAUUCACUUGCUUAUUCGGGCUCGCAUGUUCUAUUCGGCAAAGUCCAUAUUGAAACAUCUCUCUCGUAUGCGCCGUUCAUGUACCUCUACCUUUCAUUCUCUCAUGGAGAACUAUCGCCAGUGCAAUUCAAAUCAGUCGGUUUUUGACUUUUGGAUUAAAAUUUAUGUGGAAGAAGGGAUGAUUGGAUUUGCUGUGGAGGUGUUCCAAUUAAUUAGUGCUCGAGGAUUCAAAGCUUCGAUUUUCACUUGUAAUUCCAUCCUCAAAGCUCUUAUGAAGGAGGGUAAAUUGGAUUCCGUUUGGCCGUUUUUCGAACAAAUGCUCAUAAGGAGGAUUAAUCCGAAUGCGAGCACUUUCAAUAUAAUUUUGAAUUCUCUUUGUUCUCAGGGAAAAUAUGGAAAGGCUAGUUAUAUCUUCAAGAAGAUGGAAGAGAGUGGUUUUUCUUUCAACGUUGUUACUUAUAAUACUAUGCUAUCUUGGUAUUGCAAGAAGGGGAGGUUCAAAAACGCUUCGAAGAUACUAGAUAGUAUGGAGAGCAAAGGCGUUGAGGCGGAUGUAUAUACAUUUAAUGUAAUUAUUGACAAGUUAUGUAAGACGAAGAGAAGCGCUCGAGCUUAUUUGUUACUAAAAAGGAUGAGAGAGAGGAAGGUAUGCCCCACCGAAAGCACAUACAAUACUCUUAUAAAUGGGUUUUCUAAAGAAGGCAAGAUGGAUAUUGCUACUCGUAUUUUCGAUGGCAUGUUGAAGUUCAGUGUAAGACCAAGUGUAGUCACCUAUAAUACUUUAAUUGACGGGUAUUCUCGAAGUGGAAAAAUUAGUGAAGCUUUGGGAGUUUUGGAUGAGAUGGAAACUAGGGGCGUAACCACUAACGAGUUCACUUACGGUGCUCUACUAAACGGCUAUUGCAAGGCUUCAAAAUUGGACUCUGCAAUGCAACUUCUGCAACAGUUGAGAUCAAAGGGCUUUAAUAUCAACCAUGUGAUGUACACAAUUUUGAUUGACGGGUUUUGUAGAGAGAGAAAAAUUCAUAAAGCGGUGAAAUUUCUCUACACUAUGAUUGAGGCCGGCAUCGGUCCCGAUGUUAUUACUUAUUCUGCACUUAUAAAUGGUUUGUGCAAAGUGGAUAAGACGGACCAAACCAAAGAGAUUUUGUCGAUGAUGUACAAAACGGGAGUUUUGCCUAAUGAAAUAGUGUAUUCGACACUAAUUUACCAUUUUUGUAAGAAAGGAGAUAUUGUCGAAGCAUUGAAGUUUUAUGUCGAGUUGCAGCGAAUUGGUCAAUUAGUCAGUCCAUUUAUCUGUAAUACCUUACUUUCUACGCUUUAUAGAAAGGGAAUGUUAAAAGAAGCUGAGCAUUUCAUACAACACAUGAUUAGGAUGAAACUAGCCGUAAACUCCACUACCUUCAACUGUAUGAUAGAUGGUUAUUGUAGUAAAGGUGAUGCCUUAAAAGGCUUUUCUUUUUAUGAUGAAAUGGUUAGAUUGGGUCUUUCUCCAGAUAUUUGUACAUAUGCAAAUCUACUUAAAGGAUUAUGCAAAGGAGGAAACUUAACUGAGGCAAAGAAGUUUCUGACCCAACUUGUAAAUAUCCCUUUUGCUAUUGAUACUCGCACUUAUAAUACACUACUUGCGGCAGUUUGUAAAUAUGGGGACUUGAAUGGUGCUUUGUCCUUGCUGGAUAAAAUGAUUGAGAAUAAUUUAGCACCUGAUAUCUACAGUUAUACUAUUCUUCUAUGCGGUUUUUGCAGAAAAGGGAAGAUUGUUCCUGCACUUGUGCUCUUUGACAAGAUGUUGGAGAAGGGUAUGUUUCCUAAUCGUGUUGCUUAUACUUGUUUAAUAAAUGGAUUGAUAAGAGAACGCCAAAUAAAGGCUGCGUCAUACUUGUUCGAAGAGAUGAUUAGCAACAAAAGCCUCGAUCCAGACGCUAUUACUUUUAAUGGAAUAAUCUACGGCUACUCGAAGGCAGGUAUGGUACAAGAAAUGGAGAAGAUGAUUCGUAUGAUGCAAAAUAAAGGUAUAUUUCCAAAUGUAGCCACUUAUAAUAUUCUUAUUCGUGGUUACAUCAAAAACCAACAGGCCUUGAAAUCAUUCAGAUUGUACAGUAGUAUAGUGCAGAGAGGGUUUAUCCCAGAUAGAAUAACUUAUCAAGCACUAAUCCUUGGGCUUUGUAAGUCUAAUAUGAUAGAUAUUGCUGUGAAGUUUUUGGAGAAGAUGAUGCUCGAUGGAAUUAUUCCUGAUAACUUGACCUUUGAUAUGCUUAUCGUGGAGUAUAGUGAGAAAACCCAGAUGGAUAAUGCUUUAAAGCUUGUUAGUUGUAUGAAAAAUUUACAAAUGUCACCAAGCAGCGACGCCUAUAGUGCGCUUAUCAAUGGGUUAAAUAGAAAAAAUUGUUUUCGACAAAGCUAUGAAGUUUUGCAUGAAAUGAUGGAGAAAGGGUUUACUCCAAGGCACAAUCAUUACAUCACAUUAAUUAAUGGGAAAAUUAGGGUUGGCGACGUAUGGGGAGCAUUUAGACUGAAAGAUGAGAUGGAGGCAUUGGGGAUUGUGCCGCAUGAAGUUGCAGAGAGCUCGAUGGUUAGAGGGCUUUGUAAAUGUGGGAAGAUCGAGGAGGCUAUAUUGGUUUUUAGUAGCAUAAUUAGGGCAGGAAGGGUGCCGACUAUGGCAACUUUCACCACACUCAUGCAUGGGCUUUGUAAAGAAGCUAAAAUUGAUGAUGCUUUGUACUUGAAGGAUGUGAUGGAACGGUAUGGAUUGAAAGUAGAUAUCGUGACUUAUAAUGUUCUUAUCACCGGACUAUGCGAAACUAGUCGUGUUUCUGAUGCGCUAAAGCUGUACGAAGAAAUAAUACAAAGGGAGCUUUGGCCUAAUAUAACGACAUACACUGUGCUAAUUGAAGCAUUUUAUAGGGAAAACAGGGUUGAGGAGGGAGAGAAACUGUUACAAGAUAUACAGAAUAGAGGUUUAAUGUCUUCAGAGAAUGUUCCCACAAGUUUCCAUCAGGGACUGGAAAGUGCAAUGAAAAGAUUGAAUAGUAUAAGGAAUUGCCGAAGAAGAAUCAGUGUUGAUAAAUAAGGUCGAAUUCAGAGGCAACAUGUGUUUAGAUUUAUGACGUUGACAGAAGUUUGAACUAUUUGAGGACAUCAAGGCCUGUUUGGAUAAGCAUAACUUGCAAGAAUGCCGGCUGUCCAUGGAAGUCUGAUAGAGCGCAUUUAGAACCACGAUGAAACUCUAGAUUGGCCUUUGCUUUGGUUCGGAAUGUGAGAUGAGGAGGGGAGUUUCAAUAUGGCAGGCCUACCUCAACUUAGCACUGGCGGGGUGUGAAGUUGCGGCCAUGUAAUUCCAAAGUUUGUGUGCUGAAGAUAUGCGGCCUCAGUUGUAUCCCAAAAUAGAAAAUAAGUUGAAGCAAUACCUUAUCUUGAUGUGCUUAGAUGUAUGGCAGGAUCAACAAUUAUUCAAAAAGGAAAAUGUGAUCCAUGUUUGAAGGGCUGAUAGAUAGGAGAAAAACCUUUUCAUUUUCUGAAUUUCCUGCAAGGCCAUGUUAGCCUCUGUAAGUAUGCUUAGAUGCAGUCCUUUGAUAAUCCUGCAUAGGUUGCAGCUGCCAGAAGACUAAGUGCCAUCAAAUCGGUCAAUCUAUCUGUGCCCACAGAAAUAAACAAGCCGAAUUUUGAGAUAACAUUGCAUAGAAUUGCCCAUUGACCUAAACAAAGCAAUCCUGAUCCAGUGGAAAUGAUGCUGGUGGUUUAAGCGAGGAAAAGGAUCAACUAUUUUCAAGGUAUCAUAUUUGCGAACGAGCUUUAUUUUUAUUUUCAGUAGCGAAUAUUCGAAUAAAUAACACAAUUCUUAGCUUUUUCGCUUUCUCAAACAUAACAGCUUUUCAAUCCGAUGCCAUAAGUCGGAUGUUCACUUUAAGGCUCUUCUCCGGGCAUAUAUUUGGUCGAAAUAACUAUUUUACAAGGUUAUAUGAUGUUUGUCACUAAUUAGAUUAUUUGAUUUUCUUUUUUUUUUUAUUUCUGUUUAUUUUAUGGAUAUACUUAAUUUUAACU